AUGCCCCGCAGUGAUCACAGCUCAGAUAGCAGCGAGCGCUCACCGCUCAUCCGAGCCGGCAAGACCUCGACCAAAAAUGACGACAUUCCGGAACAACCACUUGGACAGCACAGGCGCUAUUCCGAGGAGCCGCACCAGCCAGAGAAUGGCCUGCUUUCGGACGAGCGAACAAUGUCAGAGGCUAUUGACUAUGAAGAAUCGGUAGUCGAAUCCAAAAGUGCCGUGUACCUCUGCUUCCUCACGUUUUGUAUUGGAGGUCUUCAGAUCGUCUGGUCCGUCGAACUCUCCAAUGGAUCACCGUACCUACUCUCUCUGGGAAUGAGCAAAGCACUGCUUGCGUUUGUUUGGCUCGCAGGGCCCUUGACCGGUGUACUUGUUCAGCCAUAUGUAGGAAUCUUGAGCGAUCGAUCCCGCAUCUCAUGGGGCAAAAGGAAGCCUUUCAUGGUUGCAGGAACUUUGGGCACCGUUGCUUCUUCGAUGAUCCUAGCAUACGCCCGAGACAUUAUCCGGGUUAUCGGAGGGCUCGACGCGAAUGCUCAAUAUACUGGAGGCUACAAGACCGGGACCAUCAUCCUCGCGACAGUCAUGAUGUGGUGUCUGGACUUUUCCAUCAACACUGUGCAAGCCGCAAUUCGUGCGUUUAUUGUCGACAAUGCUCCGUCUCACCAACAAGAGUCAGCCAAUGCUUGGGCCUCACGCAUGACAGGCGUCGGUAACGUGCUUGGGUAUAUCUUUGGAUAUCUGAACUUGCCACGUUACUUUCGCUUUUUUGGAAACACUCAAUUCAAAGUCCUGGUUGUUCUCGCAUCCAUCGCCCUGAGUUCGACAGUCUUAGUAAGCAUCCUGGCUAUCAAGGAGCGGAAUCCGCAACUUGACCCUCCCUCCAAGGCAGACUAUGAAUCGGGUGGGUUGCUGUCCUUCUUCAGGCAAGUCUUCAGUUCCAUCAAGCGGCUGCCACCUCCCAUCCGCAAGGUCUGCGAGAUACAAUUCUUUCACUGGUUAGGAUGGUUUCCGUUCCUCUUCUACAUCACAACCUACAUUGGUCAACUGUAUGUUGACCCCCAUCUGAAGCCUGGCCUCUCGGAUGAUGAAGUAGAGCGGUUUUGGGGCAAGGCUACUCGAAUUGGAACGCUUGCACUCCUUGCAUAUGCUAUCGUCUCGUUUGCGUCGAAUAUCAUCUUACCUUUCUUGGUUGUACCAACAUACAAAGCUAAGACGACGGACGAUGCCGAAGAUUUUACGCGACCUAUCACUCCGACGUCCCCCAUCGGCACGAGAUCAGGAGGGUUUCCCUGGAACGAACGUCCUACAGCAAGUCGGUCUUAUACCAAUCGGUCUCAUACCAGUUUGUCACUCAAUCGGCCGCUCUCGACGCCUGUCGCCAGCACAUCGUUGGAUGAUAGACCUGGGGUUUUGGAACGGUGGUUGGAUAGAUUGCAAAUUCCAGGGCUAACGUUACGACGAGCGUGGCUAAUGGCUCAGCUCCUGUUCACGCUCUGCAUGUGGAGUACUGUGUUUAUAACUACACCGCUGGCAGCUUCUAUCAUGACUGCUCUGGUCGGUAUCUCCUGGUCACUGACCCUUUGGGCCCCGUUUGCGUUGAUCUCAGCCGAGAUAUCUCGACGUGAUGAGGCAAGACGGAAGAGGCAGCGGCAGAGACUCAUGAACGGGGAAGACCUUGACGACAUUGAUGAUAAAGAAUCAGAAGAGGAGGAUCAAGCUGGUAUUAUCCUUGGGCUCCACAACGUGGCCAUCAGCGCCCCACAGAUUCUGGCGACAUUGAUUAGCAGCGCCGUGUUUAAGCUGCUUCAAAAGCCGCGAAACGAGCCGGGCGAUGUCAGUGUGGGGUGGACUUUGAGAAUUGGUGGGCUUGGGGUGCUGGCAGCCGCAUUCCUCACUUGGCGGAUGAAAGAACCUAUCGAUGAAGAUGAGCCGGAUAUCUGA